AUGUCGUCCCUCCGCAAGCAAGGGCCCCCCUUCCGCGCCGAGCACAUCGGCUCCCUCCUGCGGCCCCACAAACUCCGCAACGCCAUGCUCACGCCCGGGGAGAUCAGCCAGGCUGAUCUUGCCGAGCUCACCAGCACUUCUGUGGCUGACAUUGUGGCCACGCAGUGCAAGCUAGGCUUCUGUGCGCCUACCGACGGCGAGUACCAGCGUAUCAUUUUCAUCGGCAACUUCCACCUGGCCCUUGCCGGCUUCGAAGAUGUCGUCGACCGGCCCAUCCCGAAAGAGGCCUUCCGCACCUACCUGCCUGAUGUCGCCGACUUUUUGCGACGCGGUGAGGGCAUACCGUAUACGACCAUGUGCACGGGGCGGAUCCGGCAUGAGUUGGAUCGGCCCAUCUAUGAGAAGGAGUUUGCCCAUGUGCAGUCAUUGGUGGAGGAGCUUGAGAAGAAAGGUGGAACUGGCCAGAGGGCCAAAAUUGUGCCCAAAAUCACUAUCAUCUCACCACUCUGGUAUUACACUCUGUACCGGAAGGGUCACGCCUAUCCUCAGGAUGUCUAUGCCAAUGAUGACGAGUAUUUGGCGGACUUGUCCCGAGCCUUUAGGAAGGAGAUUGAUUUGCUCUACGGGAUCGGGUGCCGAAACAUCCAGGUUGAUGACCCAUACUUGACAGGCAACAACAAAGGAUUCUGCGAUGAGCGAGUAAUCUCCGGCUUCAGGGAAGAUGGUGAAGAGCCGCUCGAGAUUUUGUCAAAGUACUUACAAUUUUACAACACUUGCCUUGAGGGAAAGCCGGCCGACUUGCAUGUCGGCAUGCAUAUGUGCAGAGGAAACUACAAGAACUCACGCUACUUCACAAUUGGGUCCUACAACCAUAUCGCCGAGACCUUGUUUGGAGAGUCCAAGGCCUUUGACACCUUUUACCUUGAGUACGAUGACUCCCGCUCCGGCACCUUUGAGCCGUUGCGCCACCUGCCCAGAGACAAGAACGUCAUCCUUGGCGUCGUGUCCACGAAGCACCCAGAACUGGAAGAUCUGGACGAACUCAAGGCCCGCGUCUUGCAGGCGGCCAAGUACGUUGCUGAGGGGACGGGUCAGACGCUGGAGCAAGCGUUGCAGCAGCUUGGCGUAAGCCCACAGUGUGGGUUCGCCAGUCAUGUGUUUGGGAAUGCGGCGACUUGGGAGGAUAUGUUGGGGAAGCUGAGGCUCGUCCGCCAACUUGCUGAUGAUUUGUGGCCUGGACAGCUUUAA